AUGGAUGAUGCAGAAUUAAAUGCCAUAAGACAAGCUAGGCUAGCUGAAUUACAAAAGAAUGCAUCUGGGGGACUGUCAAGUCCAGGUCCUCAACAACAGCAACAAGCAUCAGCAUCAAAUGAUAUGACACAGGCGAUACUAUCCAGAGUUCUAGAAACGGAAGCCAGAGAAAGAUUGAGUAGAGUUAGAAUAGUUAGACCUGAUAGAGCACAAGCGGUAGAAUCAUAUAUCUUAAAGUUGUAUUCGAUGGGUCAAAUCAAUAGAAAAUUAAGUGAAAAGGAUGUUGUUGAGAUUCUAGAUGGUAUAAGUAGGGAUAGUCAACAAAAGCAAUCAUCAAAGAUUGUUUACGAUAGAAAGCAAACCUUGGAUGAUGAUGAUGAAGAUGAUUUCUUCGAUUAA